AGUUGUCUCCCGCUAGACGUCGUCUUGUUCGUUGUUCUAUUGGAAAAUGUGCACCGAGGGUAUCAACUACUAUGAGAAGGAGCUAGACAUAGGUCGAGUUAUAGCCGAGGCACAGCUGGAAGACUGCGAUGAGGCGCUCAAUAUAUGCGAUCUGAGCACUGUGGAACGCAAAUUUGAGUUGUGGCAAAAGCAGCUGCCACGCAUCAAGCCCUACUAUGCAGUCAAGUGCAACGAUGAGCCACGAAUCGUGCAAACUUUGGCUGACCUCGGCGUGGGCUUCGAUUGUGCGUCGAAGAACGAACUGAAACUGGUUCUCGACUAUGGCGUCUCGCCCGAUCGCAUCAUCUUUGCCAAUCCCUGCCGUCCAAUCAGCCACUUGAACUACGCCCAGCAGCAGAAGGUGCUGAAAGGCACCGUGGACAAUGAAUUUGAGAUUUACAAGCUGCACAAACACUAUCCCAAUUCCAAUAUCAUCGUUCGCUUUAAGUCUGAGGCAAAGGCCGCUCAAUGCCCGUUGGGCGAUAAAUUCGGUUGCGAUGCGGACAUUGAUGCCUCAGCACUGAUGCUGCUAGCAAAAUCUCUUGAUUUGACAGUAACAGGCACUAGUUUUCACGUUGGCUCCGGCUGCUCCGAACUGGAGGCCUAUGAACGCGCGAUCAAGAAGGCAAAAAACCUUUUCAAGUUUGGUCAACUCUUGGGCUACGAUCUGCACCUCCUGGACAUUGGCGGCGGCUUUCCAGGCAGCGAUGAUGAGCACUUUAUAAAGUUGGCUGGCACAGUGAACAGUGCAGUGCAAAAGUAUUUUGCCGACGAACGUAUUGAGAUAAUCGCCGAACCAGGUCGCUUCUUUGUGGCAGCGGCAUAUACACUGGUCUGCAAGAUUCAUGCCAAGCGCGAGGUGCGCAAUGCCGCCGGCAAGCUGGACACUGUUAUGUACUAUUUGAACGAUGGCGUCUAUGGCUCCUUCAAUUGCGUAUUUUACGACCAUCACACGGUUACAGUGGAGCACUAUUUGGCUGACGACCAUCUGCCCACAUUCAAGAGCUUAAUCUGGGGCCCCAGCUGCGAUGCUCUGGACAAGAUUUCUGAAAAUUUACGUUUACCCUACUUGAAGCGUGGCGAUUUGCUGGGUUUUCCAAAUAUGGGCGCCUAUACAGUGCCCAUAGCCAGCGCCUUUAACGGGUUCCCCUUGCCCAAGGCUCUCUUUUUUAAGGCCGUAUGACUAAAUAAACAAGAUAUCUGUGUGUUAGU